AAAAACCCUAAUUGCUGUCGAUUCGGUUUUAUUUUUCAGCCUCGCAUUACCCCCUCUCCCCUCUUUCUCUCUACAUAUAUAAAGACAUUUCGCAAUCCAUUUUUUCUCUCUCUAUAUAACAUUUCGCGAAUUCUCUGUCUGUUCUGACACUAAAUCCAAUCCUCCAUCCUCGUACGACAACAAUUUGACGCCGCGGCGCUCGAUAUUGUCAUCGAUCGCAUCGAUCCGUUAAGUUUUGCAGAAAAUAGAGCUUGAAGUUGCAGAUAUGUCUCCAGCAUCCAAAUCUAAGUCCAAAGAUAAAAAGAUUGGCAAGGAAGCUCCAAAGAAUUCUCUAAAGCCUUUGGGUCAUGUUAAUACCAGUAGUGGGGCCCCAGCAAGUGGAUACAAUCCUGUUCUGGGAACAUUUCAUACAUUUGAAUCAGCACCAGUGCCUUCUGCCAGUCCGCUUCAUGUUAAUGGUCGUUUCCGGAAUAUAGAUGACACCGAUGAUCAUAAUGGAAGUUCAUCAGGAACUGGCGUUGAGUAUGAUUCUAUUUCCAAUAAUGGUAGUUGGUCUGGUGACUCUGAAGACCAUAAAGAAAAGCCAUCUCAACCGCUUACGCGCCAGGAUAUAAUACCUGGAGCUGACAAUGACAAAAGAGAGAAAAUACGGCAGAAGAAUGAGAGGAAACAUCAGCGUCAAAAGGAGAGGCGAGCUCAAGAGUUGCACGAACGGUGCAGUGGCUAUCUCAUGUCGAGGAAGCUGGAAGCACUGGCACAACAGCUUGUAGCUAUGGGUUUCUCCCAAGAGCGGGCGACGAUGGCUCUUAUUCUGAAUGAAGGUAGGGUAGAGGAAUCAGUAUCAUGGCUUUUUGAAGGUGGUGAAGAAGACAAGAAAUUGGAACACAAUCUCGAUGGUGGGGGUAAUUUGAAAAUUGACAUAUCGGAUGAGCUUGCUCGCAUUACAGAUUUGGAAAUUAGAUAUAAGGCUUCCAAACAAGAGGUGGAAAGAGCUGUAGUAUCCUGUGAGGGCGAUCUUGACAGGGCUGAAGAAUCAUUAAAGACACAAAAGGAAGAUCCUCCUGCUGUCCCGUCUAAGCCUGAUGAAAAUGGCGAUACUCCUACUGUUGCAAAUACCAAGCUAGCAAUUGCGAUUAGUCAAAAUUCUUUAAGAAUACAGCCAAAGUCUACUUCAGCUACCACUGUACAGCAGAGAAGGGAUGACAAAGAUUUCAACUAUACCAAAGUUCCAACAAUGCUAGGGUCUUUAGUGGAUCCUGCUGCGACCAAAAGCAUGCAGGUGUUGAAGAAAAUACCACCUAAAACUGACUGGGCAAAACCACAGCAGAUUGCUGUGCCAGCAGAGAAAAGGUGGGUAAGUGCAGGGUCAGAUCCAUCUGCGUCGUUUUCUUUAGCAUCACAAUCACCAACUCUAACCAAGACGGAUGUUCGCUAUGUUGGAGUUGGAAAUGAAUUGAAGAAUUUGCAGCUUGGAUCAGUCAAAGAACCAGUCAUUGUCAUGCAGCGACCUCAAUCUAUUAACGCAAAGCAGGCUCCCAGCACAAGUAUUAGCUCGUCUCCUCCCGGACCGAUGGCUAUGAGUUGGUAUACUAGUUCUGGUGAAACAAUGAAGCCACAUGGAUUUGUGCCAUCCGUUGCUGUGUCUAACGCUGUUAGCUCAAAUCAGUUGUACAGCCAACCUCCAUACCAGUCGUCACAGCAGCAAUUUAUGUCCAGUAGUGGCUCAAUGGAUUCAUCAGGAACUAAAAGAGCCAACAAUGGUUUCUGGGGGCGAGGCGGAUCACCAGCACUUGCUGCACCUUCCUCCCUCGGUCUCUUCUCCUGCGUUGGUGCCAGCGGCACAUCUGGGAUUUCAUCGCAGGUGGACUGGAGCACCGGCAGCUCAAUGUUGCAAUUUGAUUACACCAAUAUAGACUGGAGUUUGGAUCGUGGGUCAGUAUUGCCAAGACCUAACGGUCUGUGGACUGGGGCAAACUACAUUCAAACCAAUACUCGUUCAUAUGAUUCGUUUGCUUAUGGUGCGGGUGUGAAGUCCGCUAUGAGGCCCGGGCUGUCGAAUGGGAAUGGUGCAGCAAUGGACGGGAACGACCCGAUUGCUGCUGCCUCGCGGGAAUGGACUUCGCCGUUUGAAGAGAAAGACCUGUUCAGUUUACCCAGACAGGUUGUUUCCUCUCCUACACUGUAAGUGAAUGGCGAGGGAUUCUAUGAAUAAAGAAAAGGGAUCAUGCGCUUGCUUUUGAUGUUGGUGUUGGUUCUUUGAUGCUUUUGCCUUUGUUCUUCAUGUCAAUUGACAAAAUCUUAAUGGGAAAAAGCAUUACAGUUUCUUUGCUUC